ACGUGGCAGUAAAAAUAAACGUACGGUACAAAGAUCAGAUUAUUUCAACUUGUGGGCCCCAGUGGCUGGCGCUACACGAUGAAUUCUUAGUCGCAACAACGGAACUCUUCAAAAACUUUUCAUGCAUGAAAAAUGACCAAAGUACCCUGGCCAUGGAAACGUUCGAGAGGAAAGUCGCAUCCUUUGAAAAAAACAUCCCUUCAUAACCAAAACCGAAUACUUAAAUUCCAUUCCCAUCACAAAUUCUCUUUCCAAUUCCUCUUUUUUUCAUUUGCAUGAAAAUUUCAAUCACAGCGAUAUCCCGAAACUACCCUUCCAAUGGCCCACACUCCCCAAAAUGGCCCACAGCCCUCCAUUCCCUUACACAUGGACGGAUUCGUUGCCGGGAACACAGUCCACGUCGAAGGCGAUGCCGGAAACAUACACUUCUCCGGCCAAUUCGACAUACACCAACAACGAAACACCCUCUCUGAUGCUUACAUCUACGGUGCGGGCUCGCCGGAAGUUCUACACCCAGAAAGUCAUUUGCUUUCACUUGCAAGGGUAUUUUCGUCCAUCACCCAAAAAACCCAUGAAGUAAAUGACCCAAUCAUGACCACAAAAUCCCCACCGUCAACUCCUCCAGGGAACCCAAAUCCCCAACCCAUAGAAUUCCCUGAUCUCGAUCGUAUGGAUGUCGACCACACGCCGGAAAAUCGUCAGAUUCCGGCCCAUGAGUGCUACAAAAGCUCUGAUGUGACCACUAUGACAACAAGGCUUAGGAGCGGGGCCAUUUCUCCUGUUACGUACUUCCCACGUGCCGCACGUGCGCACGUGUGUGAGUCAUGUGACAAUGCACGUGGGAGUUCGAGUAAAUCUAAAUGGAGAAAGAGAGGGAGAAGCAACGAAAUGGAGGGAGGAGAUUUGGUAGAGAGAGUGCUUAGACGGCAUAGCUUCCCUACGCGGCCAUGCAAUUCAUAUACGUUCUUUGUGAUGUCCAAAUGGAGGGUGGCCCACUCUUCUUCUUUCCAAGAAACAAGCCGGCGAUUGAGUGAUAUGUGGCGGAGAAUUCCAGAUAAAGAGAAGAACGAAUUUGUUGAAAUGGCUUUGAAAGAUAAUGAAAGAUACAAGAAACAGUGUAUGAUGUUGAGGAGCAAAGGAGAAACAGAGCCAUCAAUGGGCCGGGCCUAAGGUUGUGUCAUCUGGGAAGUUGGGUCUU